CCCAGAUUCCGUCCCAGAAUCGUCGGAGAACAUGCCGCAGAGUAGAGUAGCUGCUCCUGUGACGAUGGCUGGCGCUUUCGCCAGAGCUUCGCGAGAAUCGAUUGAUUGUUGCACCGGCGGGGUUUGCGAUUAGAGCCUCGGCACCUUUAUGCGAUUCAGGUGUGAAAUCUCUCGAUGGCGACCACUCCGGCCGCGAUGUGCGCUUGUCCGAGCUUGGCCAACUCUAGGGCUUUUACGAAGAGCUCUUUUCUCGGACACGAUGUGAGAGCGACAGCGCGAGUCAGCGCUGCCUGUAUCCAAGUGCCCAGAAGAUCGACAUCGACAUCGACAUCGACAGCGACAUCAGAGUCGUUCAGCAUUCGAUCUGAACGCAAGUCUCAGCGAGUGAAAUGUCGAGCGGUGAAGACGGCGUCUCCAGUUCCACCGUUGGUGCAGCUGACAACCGAAGAACCAAAGCCGGUGCUCCAGUACGCGAAGGCAUUCGCCCCAGCGACCGUGGCCAAUCUUGGCCCCGGGUACGACUUCCUCGGUUGCGCCGUGGAAGGCAUGGGUGACUUUGUCACUGCUGAGGUGGAUGAGAAUAUACCUGGAGGCACGGUGGCCAUCGAGUCCAUCACAGGCGAUGAAGGCAGACUCAGUCUGAUCCCGGAAAAGAAUUGUGCAGGAAUUGCCGGACAAGCGACAUUGACGCUGUUGGGAGUUCGAAACGUCGGUGUCAGACUCAAUCUGCACAAGGGGCUUCCGUUAGGCAGUGGUCUGGGCUCGAGUGCGGCUAGCGCAGCUGCUGCUGCGGUUGCGGUGAAUGCAUUGUUCGGCAGUCCUUUAUCGAAAGCUCAACUGGUGCAAGCAGGGUUGGAAUCCGAGGCCACCGUCAGCGGUUACCAUGCUGAUAACGUGGCACCUUCGCUCAUGGGAGGGUUUGUUUUAGUCAGAAGUUACGAUCCGCUGCACCUCAUUCCUCUCGAGUUUCCCAAGGGGAAACAGCUCUACUUCGUGCUUGUCAUCCCCGAGUUCGAGGCACCCACCAAGGAAAUGCGUGCCGUGCUCUCACCAGAGAUCUCCAUGAAAUCACAUGUUUCGAAUUGCAGUCAGGCAGCUGCUUUAGUAUCUGCGAUAUUAUUGGGAGAUGCGAGGCUUCUAGGCUCCGCUCUAGGAUCUGAUACAAUUGUGGAGCCGAAAAGGGGUCCGCUGAUUCCAGGCAUGCUAGCUGUGAAACUCGUGUCGAUGAAACACGACGCGUUUGGAUGCACAAUAAGCGGAGCCGGACCCACAACGGUGGCCAUCACAGACAGCGAAGAUGAAGGUCACAGGAUAGGUGCGAGAAUGGUAGAGGAGUUCAUGGCCGAUGGAAAGCUGAAGGCUACAGCUCAUGUUCAGAAACUUGACCGGGAAGGUGCACGAGUUGUUGACUCUCGAAAGCUGUAGUGUUUCACGUUCAUCUCCAUGACAGUGGUUUUUUCCUUGUGUGUUGUUAUCAUCUAUUUGUAUCCUAUUAGAGACUCAUCACAAUUUUGUUUGGAAGAGGCAAUAAAGCAAAGCUGCUCAAAAGUGAUGUUUCGG